AGGAGCAAUCAUCUAUCUAUCCUCAUCCUCAUCCUCAUCCUCAUCCUCAUCCUCAUCCUUGAAACACGGUCGAAAGCAUCAGAUAAAAUCCAAACUCAAAUAAGCUGGUGCUAGAAAUUCUAACAUUGUAAUAAACACAGCAGCAUACAUAUAUUAUCCUUCUCUUUUGCCUUACUUAAGUUAGAGUAAAGAAAAACAAAGAGAGUAUGGAAGGAGGAGAAUGGAGCAAUUUCAAUGCUGGUGUUUGUGUGAACGAAGAGGCCGAUUUUAUGGCCCAGUUGUUUCCUAGUCCUAACGACAUAAAUGUUAAUUUUAUUAUGGCUAAUGCUAACAAUACUAAUAAUAACAAUAAUACAGAAGGUGGUAAUUCAUCUUAUUAUUCUUGUGAUUCCACCUCAAACUCUCGAAAUGUGUACCGUUAUUCACAAGAGAGUAGUUAUAAUCAUGAGGUUCAUUAUCACAACUAUUUCAGUGAUAAUCAUUUAGCAGUAGCUGCUGCUAGUAAUGCAUCCUCGUUACCCAUUGAUUUCCUGCACUGUCAUAUGGAAGAUGAGGAAAAUGGCGCGACAAUGGAUAAUGAUAAUGCAGAUUUGAAUGAAGAUGAGUCUCAAAUGGAUCCUUCUGAAGAGGAUAAUAAGACUUGCAAUACCUCUUACAACUCCAAGAAAAGAGGCAGAGUUUUAGAGGCAGUUCAAAAGGGGAAGAGGAGUGUAAGGGUGAAAAGAAGCCAGAGUAGUCUAACAUUAGGUGGAGGUGAUGGGGAGGAAAAUGAUGGAGGCACGGUGAAUAACAUUAGACAGAGCUCCAGCUGCGGUAGUUUAGAGGAUGAUUGCAGCUCCAAAGGAACAACAACUACUACCACUACUACAACUACAAAUACAAUUCUUAAUUCAAGUGGUAAAACCAGAGCCAGCAGAGGCUCUGCGACUGAUCCUCAGAGUCUUUAUGCAAGGAAAAGGAGAGAAAGGAUUAAUGAGAGAUUGAAAAUCUUGCAGACCCUUGUGCCUAAUGGAACUAAGGUUGAUAUCAGCACCAUGCUUGAAGAAGCUGUGCAGUAUGUCAAAUUUUUGCAGCUUCAGAUCAAGUUAUUAAGUUCUGAUGAGCAUUGGAUGUAUGCUCCAAUUGCUUACAAUGGAAUGAACAUUGGACUGGACUUUCAUUUUAACCUUCCAAGAUGAUUUAAUCAAGGUCAACGACAUAUACAGCUGCAAAAUUUUGUUGAUGAUAUAUACAAAUUCUCAUGUAAUUAACAAAGAAUUUUUUUCCUGUAUGACUGUAUCAGUUGUAUGUUAUAACUCUAUACAAAACAAAUACUCCCUUUCGAUCCGUUGAAAUCUUAUAACAAAUCACAUAAUUGGUUUCAUC